AUGUCGCCGGAAAAAGUCGCGUUGCCCAGGAGAGAAACCGACUUGCUCGUAUUGCGAGCGACUGGGUCAACAGUGCGUGAACAACGCAUUUCCGGCAUUGAGGGAAAGCUUGAGCAGUUGAUGGAAUACAUUACGCGACCUGCCUCAAAUCACCUCUCUUCGCCAGUUGUCCCUGAGAAUAACUCUCGGACAGCAGAGCUUCCACCUCCAGAGAGCUCUUCUAUAACCGGAUCAUCUGGGAUCCCAGAUGCUGAGCUUUAUCUGACCUUUUGUAAUGCGCAGCCCCUUCUGUUAUUCCCCCACAGAUCCUCUCUGGCCUCCCUCGGGAAGCGGGACCCCGAGCUUCUACUCGCAAUUGAAGCUCUUGGGGUCCGUUUCAAAAGACCAGGGGUCAUUGACCAGGAAUUACAACUGGAGAUCAAGAGAAAAACAGAAAGGGCCUGUCAGAUGGUCAUGAUGCGUUUGGCAUCCGGUACUGUGGAGCUAUCUACGAUCCAGACCCUUUGUCUUCUAAGUAUGCUGGAAUUCACAGCGGGUCAUAUCGUUCGCGCAGGGUCUUAUACCAGACUUGCCACAUAUUUGAUGAGAAAUCUCAGAAUAAAUGGCCUAGAGUCUCUAAGCAAUUUGGAAACCGAGCGUGAUGAGCGCAAGCUCUGCUACAUAAGCCUCGUCAUGCUUAAGAACCUUCAGGGGUCCCUACAUCCACCUGGAAACAGCUUGGACUUACUUGCAGAGCCUGGUGAAACCGUCUCUCCAUUGGGAGCUAUGAUUUUCAACAAAGAGAUUGCCCGUGGUACUAGUGGUGACUCCAAGCCGGAUAUUGGCAUCAAUGGUAGCAGUGUUUACACAAGCGAGCUGUGGGCGAUGGCAUGUAAUUAUGCCGCUAGCCAUGUCGGCGUUGACGCUCAUCCCCCAUGGUCUCCGAAUUCUGAUUACACCAUGAUCAAUUUCCGACAGUGUGAGCAUGAGAGUCUCAUGCCACUGAGGUUCCGGCUUCAUGCAAGUCGCUUCCAAGACCAUCCGCCGGCCGAACUUCAGGCUCACCGUGACUACUGGAGCCCAUGGCUAUUCUUCCAGUUGGUUUGGCAUGCGGUGCCUUGUUUAGUAAACCAUCCUUUUCUGUUAUCUAUGCGACUUCGGAAUUUCCGGAGGACAAUGCCUCAGUCAUUCCUCCGCAAUUCUUUCGAGCAGCUGACCUUCCACUCGGGCUGGGUUGUUCAUUUCCUCGAGCUUAUUGAGACGAAGAAAUUCGAGGUAUCUGACCCGACCAUAGGGCAAUGCGUGGCAAUUGUUGCUACGAUCUAUCUUCAACAUAGUUUUGUCGAGGAUCAAGCCUUUAACAGAAAGGCGCAAACGGGAUUUGAGAAAUGUCUCAGGUUCCUACGCAACAUGGGUCAUCGGUGGCCACACAUCGAUCGCCAGGUCCGACAACUCCAACAACUCCGGGACAGCGUUUCCCCUGGAGGUCUUAUGACAGACGAUAUCGUCCCAGGAGGAACAAAUUCUCGUCAGAAGUGGUCUGUAAACUUGCAGCUAUUGUGGAAAAUCUUAGUAUAUGCCCAUGCAAGCAAUAUAUCAGAUCCUGCUAGCGAUAUCUUCGGCCCGGAACUUGCGAAAGACAGUGUCGGAUUCUCAGGGGACCCUUCGGCUGGCGCUAUCACCGAACGUGAUUUUGCUUUGAUUGGAUCCGCCGGAAUCUCAGGCCACAAGACAGUGGCUUCCGAGUGUGUUACAUAUCCACCUGAGCAGACUGAGGAUCCCAUACAAACGCCGAGUCAGACCUCACCGAGGAUGGAGUUUUCAGGGCUUCCGGGAGAUCCUAAUAUGGAGUUUAGCGGUGGUGAUACGUUGUUCCUGCAACUUCAAGAUUAUGGGAGGGCAUUUGAGGAUUGGCUAAGCGUUAACCCAACGUGA